AUGAGUUAUAGCUAUGCACACAGCGGCUCUUCCAGGGCUGGAAGUGGUUUCUCAUCUCGAAUUUCUAGUGGUGUCUUGGGGUCAUCAAGUGUGCAUGGAGGGUAUUCUGGCCCUGUUGUUUCUCACUCAACCUCUAGGUUGAUGUCUUCUGGAUCUAGUGGUGGCUCCUCUUUCAUUGGUGCUGGCAGCUCUGGCUUUGGUGCCAGCCAUACAGAUGGAGUUCUCUCUGGAAAUGAAAAGUACACUAUGCAAAACCUCAACGACCGCCUGUCUAAUUACUUGGAUAAGGUGAAGUCUUUGGAAGAUGCCAAUACGGAGCUAGAGCACAAGAUUCAUGACUGGUAUGAGAAGCAAGGAUCAGUCACUGUGCGUGAACAAAACUAUUCUCCCUACUGGACAACAAUAGAGGAGUUGCGUGAAAAGAUCCAGACUUCUACAGCUGAGAACAAUCAAGUCACCUUAGGAAUGGACAAUGCUCGCUUGGCUGCGGAUGAUUUUAAACUCAAGUAUGAGAAUGAGCUACACCUGCGAAUGGGAGUCGAAGCAGAUAUUCAGGGCUUGAGAAGGGUGUUGGAUGAAUUAACACUUUCCAGAUCUGACCUGGAGUUGCAGAUCGAGAAUCUGAAGGAAGAGUUGGCCUACAUAAAGAAGAAUCAUGAGGAGGAAAUGAGUGACAAGGGCAAGCAGAUGAGUGGAACGGUGAACGUGGAGAUGGAUGCAGCUCCAGGAUCUGACCUAUCCAAGGUCUUGAGUGACAUGAGAGAGCAGUAUGAAUACAUUGCCGAGAGGAACAGGAGGGAUGCAGAGACAUGGUUCUUAGCUCAGAGUGAAUCUCUGCAGAAGGAAGUUGUGUCCAACACACAACAAGUCCAUUCCAGCAAAACCGAAUCCACAGAGUUGAGACGCACCAUGCAAGGCAUGGAGAUUGAGCUGCAGUCACAGCACAGCAUGAGAGCAGGACUGGAGGCUUCUAUUUCUGAAACCGAGGGCCGUUAUGCUGUUCAACUCCACCAUAUCCAAUCUGUAAUUGGCAGCCUUGAAGAACAGCUGACCAAUCUGCGUUCUGACUUGGAACGUCAGAAUAUGGAGUACAAAGCACUUCUCGAUAUCAAGGCUCACCUGGAGGCCGAAAUUUCUACUUACCGUAAACUGCUGGAGGAACACGAUCAGAGAGGGGGCAGUGGUGUCACUUCUAGGCUGUCUGAUGGGAUCUACAGAGCAGCCAGUGUCCAUGGAGGUGGAUAUGGAGGAUCCAACAUCUCCAUUUCCAGUUCAGGCUCUGGACGUUUAGGCUCUGGGUUUUGGUGGAGGAGCUGGCUAUGGUGGAGGAGCUGGCUAUGGUGGAGGAGCUGGCUUUGGUGGAGGAGCUGGCUAUGGUGGUGGAGCUGGCUUUGGUGGAGGAGCUGGCUAUGGUGGUGGAGCUGGUUUUGGUGGAGGAUCUUCUUUCAGUGCUGGUGGCAGUGCUGGAGCUGGUGGAGAAGGAUUGCUCUCUGGAAAUGA